AAUGGUUAUCACGGCGAUACUUUUGGUGCAAUGGCGGUAUGUGACCCCGUCAACGGUAUGCAUGGAAUGUUUAGGUCGGUGUUAGCUCAACAUAUCUUUGUCGAUGCGCCAGACUGUCGAGAAGAUGAGCUGUGGCAAGCCUCAUCUAUUGCGAGCCUUGAAGCCGCUUUAAGAAAACACCAUCAACAUCUCGCGGCUGUGAUCAUCGAACCCAUUGUUCAAGGUGCGGGCGGAAUGCGUAUCUACUGUGCGGAAUAUUU